AUGUUUUUUCUCACAGUUCUGCUCUUUUCCUAUGUUGAAAUGUCUCAGCAGAUUCAGAAAACUACUGCAAGUGGCAAAGAGGUGCUGUCCAAUCCCAAGCUCACAGUUGUUCAGGGGACUCUGAAUGUCGUGAUGAACCAGAAUGUGACCCUCUCCUGCCACUCAGACUCUGGAUCUCCACCUGUCAGAUACACGUUGUUUAAACACAGUCAGAAGGUAUCCACUUCAAAUAGCUCAGACUUAACCCUUGGUUUAUUUAACUUGACUAUCAACUCUGCCAGUGACUUGGGUGAAUACAAAUGCAAAGCUGAGAAUAACAUCACCAGUGGUGGAAAAUACAGCAACAGUCUCAACUUCACCCUUAUAGAGCCAAUUUCCAAACCAGUGCUGAGCUCACCCAGCUCUCAAGCAAAGAAAGGCCAGAAUGUGACCCUGUCCUGUCUCUCAGAGAACGGCUCUCUUCCCAUCACAUACAAAUUCUUCAAAGGAAAACAAAGCAUCUCUCCCCCAGUGAAGAUUCAGAAGAGGGAAGCAGCUGUGAUUUUUCUAUUUAUCAAUUCCACUAGUGACUUUGGAACCUAUAAAUGUAAAGCUGAAAAUAGCUUUUACAAUUACACAAAAUACAGCAACAGUUUCAACUUUACACUAGCAGAAGAGAGAAGCCAUUCUCAACCCCUGAUAAUUUCUCUAGUGCUGAUCUUGAUACUCUUUGUGAUAGGAUUUGCUCUGGCAAUUCCACUUUUCAUAAUUCCUUCAUAUAAAGCAAAAAAAUUUAAGUCUACUAGGUCCACAACUGGCCCUACUUCAACAAUGAACACAGAAGACACUGAAAACUUCGUCAUAUACGCAGAGAUUGAGCCUGUUAAACCAGAAGAAGAAUACAUCAACUUUUCUGUUUUUAGAAGAGAAGAUGAAAAAGGUAACCUGGAAGACCCAGGUGGUCUAGAUUUGAGGGAAAACAGAUGCACCACCAAGUUUUACCAGAACUAUCUGCAGAUAAACCACUGA